AUGGCAUCCAGUGCGCUUCGCACAAUCAGUUGGACUGCGUCGCGGAAAGCAGCCCUCCCCGUCUCCAGAGCUCAGCUAUCCUUCAGCCAAUUCCGCUCCGUUACCAGCUCAUCCACAUAUCGCCAGUCGCAAUCCUCCGCAUCUAAAGCAUCGACGCCCUCUGCAUCUGCCUCUUCUACCCCUACCACUACUCCUGCAUCACCGCCCGCUUCUUCGUCUCCAUCAACAAUCUCAUCCUCGAACUCUACCUCCCGUACUACAUCCUCUGCAAAACCCACUCCAACAACAGCCACUAUUCAAAAUCUCAGCAAGACCGGUUUAGAUGAUAAACCUACGGACCUCGACAUCUCAAACUCCGCCGACAAUGACGACAACAGUAAGGAUCACAUCGACUGGACGCGCUCGUUCCACGGUCUCAGCGCCCAGCCCUUCUCAAAGGAAGCGGCCGAAGUCCUCCUCCAAGAAAUAAAUUCAGACGACGUCGAGAUAAAACCCGAUGGCAUCGUCUAUCUUCCCGAGAUUAAAUAUCGACGUAUACUGAAUAAAGCGUUUGGCCCGGGUGGUUGGGGACUUGCGCCGCGCGGCGAGAGUAUUGUCACAGCCAAGACCGUGACGAGGGAGUAUGCGCUCGUUGCGCAUGGCCGCCUCGUCUCCGUCGCGCGCGGCGAACAAGACUAUUUCUCCCCCGACGGCAUCCCCACCGCGACAGAGGGCUGCAAGUCCAACGCCAUGAUGCGUUGCUGCAAGGAUUUAGGCGUGGCCAGCGAGCUCUGGGACCCCCGCUGGAUCCGCCAGUUUAAAGCCAAGUACACCCGCGAGGCAUUCGUGGAGCAUGUGACGACGAAGCGUCGAACGAAGAUCUGGCUUCGAAAGGAUGACCCGGUGUCGUACCCGUGGAAGGAAACCAAGUGA